GUGAAACAGUCAGUCAUCAGUAGUUAGUUUAAGCUUUGUGGAAGAAUACACCCAUGCCGCACCAUUAAACUGCCACAGCAGUAAAUGGCACUGAGCAGAGCACUGAGCACUGACCAGUAAUGGUGGUGGAUACACUACUCUCCAUCCCCAGAAGUUAUCUAAAAAAUCAAUUCCCAAAUGUCUGAUCGGAAAAGGAAAAAAAAAGAAAAUCUGCUGGUUUUACUCAGCAUACUCCAUCUCCGACAUUAACCUCUAGUGACUUAACUAAGUAAUUAACUAAACUAAUUAGAAAAUGUCGGCUAGAAUAAGUAGAGGCCAAUGUGCCAAUUGUACAUGUUCUCCUGGACUUUUAUCAAGAGCCAAUAGAAGAUCAUCACUUUUUGCUCAAAAGAUUAAUAUUAAAAGAUCUCAAUCUGGUACCAUAAAUGGAUUACAAUCAAGAAAAGGUUCAGUAUUUACAAUUGAUGCUGCAUCCCUUUGUUUACCUGAUGUUAAAGAAAUUAAUACUACUAAAAGAUUAACUGCUUUAAGAAAAAAAAUGGCCGAAAAUGAUAUAGCAGUAUAUAUUAUUCCAUCCGAAGAUCAACAUCAAUCAGAAUAUGUUUCAUCAUUUGAUCAAAAGAGAAGUUUUAUUAGUGGAUUUCAAGGUAGUGCAGGAGUAGCCAUAGUUACUCGUGAUUUAAUGUGUAUGAAUGAAAUUCCUGAAGGUUUAGCUGCUUUAUCUACUGAUGGAAGAUAUUUUAAUCAAGCCACUAAUGAAUUAGAUUUUAAUUGGUUAUUAUUAAAACAAGGAUCUAUUGAUCAACCAACUUGGGAACAAUGGGCAAUUAAUCAAGCUAUUCAACAAAGUUUAGAUUCCGGUUUAACUGUCAAUAUUGGAGUUGAUCCAAAAUUAAUUACUAAUAAAUUAUAUCAAAAAUUAAUUAAAUUAAUUGAAACUUCAAUUAAUGAACCAAAAAAUUCUCAAGCCAAAGUUGAAUUAAUUGCUGUAUCAGAAAAUUUAGUAGGAUCAAUUUGGGAAAAAUUUGAAUCAUUACCAAAUUCUCCUGAUAAGAAUUCAAUUUCAAUUCUUGAAUUAAAAUAUUCUGGUAAAUCUGUUAAAGAUAAAUUAUCUCAAGUUCAUAAUCAUAUUUUUAAAACUUCAACUAAUAUUGAAGGUUUAGUGGUUACUGCAUUAGAUGAAAUUGCUUGGUUAUUAAAUUUAAGAGGUCAAGAUAUUGAAUAUAAUCCAGUAUUCUUUUCUUAUUUAAUUAUUACUAAAUUUCAUGGGGUUACAUUAUUUAUUAAUAAAUUAAGAUUAAGUCCUGAAGUUUUAGCUUAUUUACAACUUAAUAAUAUUAAUGUUGAAUCUUAUGAAUCAUUUUAUUCAAAUUUAUUAACUUUAUCAAAAGAAUUUAAUGUUAAUUCCAAACAAUUUCUUGUACCAAAUAAUUCCAAUUGGGAUGUUAUUAGACAUUUAAAAUGUGGUUAUAAUCAAACUUUAUCACCUAUUGAAGAUAUUAAAUCAAUUAAAAAUGAAACUGAAUUAAAUGGUGCCAAGAUUGCUCAUUUAAAAGAUGGAAGAGCUAUAAUUAAAUUUUUAGCUUGGUUAGAAGAUCAAUUAAUUAAUAAUCAAGAAUUAAUUGAUGAAAUUACGGCGGAUGAGAAAUUAACUGAAUUUAGAAAGGAAGAAGAAAAUUUUGUUGGAUUAUCAUUUGCAACCAUUAGUGCCACUGGACCAAAUGGAGCAGUAAUUCAUUAUAAACCUCAUAAGGGAACUUGUUCAACUAUUAAUCCAAGUAAAAUAUAUCUUAAUGAUUCAGGUUCUCAAUUUUUAGAAGGUACAACAGAUACCACUCGUACUGUACAUUUUGAUCAACCAAGUUAUGAAGAAAUUAAAAAUUAUACUUUAGUAUUAAAGGGAAAUAUUUCUUUAUCAACAUUAAAAUUUCCUGAAAAUACUACGGGGAAUUUAAUAGAUUCAAUUGCUAGACAACAUCUUUGGAAAUGGGGAUUAGAUUAUGGACAUGGGACAUCUCAUGGAAUUGGAGCUUUUCUUAAUGUUCAUGAAGGACCAAUUGGUAUUGGUCCAAGACCUAAUGCUGCUGCUAAUCCAUUAAAACCGGGUCAACUUAUUUCCAAUGAACCAGGUUAUUAUGAAGAUGGAGAAUAUGGUAUUAGAAUUGAAAAUGUAAUGUUUAUUAAAGAUAGUGGGAAAUUUUAUGGAGGUAAGAAAUUCUUUGAAUUUGAAACCGUUACGAGAGUCCCAUUCUGUAGAAAAUUAAUUAAUGUGGAUAUGUUAACUGAAGAAGAAUUAGCUUGGGUUAAUGGAUAUCAUAAUAUUAUAUGGAAUGAAUUACAUGAAUCAUUUGAUAAGAAUAGUUAUGUGUAUAAAUGGUUGAGAAGAGAGACUGCUCCCUUAGUCAAAUCUCGUUAAGUAUACUAUAAUACUAUA